AUGAACUCCGUACUGUACCUCCCAAAACCCCCUUUUCCUCACAAACCCCUUUCCCCUCCAACGUUCCGUACACACCCAAAAGCUCAGACCCGACCCGCAAAGCCCCUCAGUCAAAAUGGUACCCUGGGUUUUCUCGGAGCGGGUCUGACCCUGACCCUUAUUGGACCCGCCUCAGCUGCUGAGUUACCGUUGUGGGGAUCCUUGCAUGUCACUGAACCCUCCAAUGCCCUCUCUUUGCCCACCUGGGCCAUACACGUUUCUAGUGUCGUUGAAUGGAUUACAGCAAUGGCUUUGGUGUGGCAGUAUGGGGAGAAGUCUGGCUUUGAAUCUUGGAAAGGGCUGUCUUGGGGUAUGGUUCCCCUGCUUGGUGGAGCAUUAUGUGCAUGCACAUGGCAUUUCUUUUAUAACUCUGAGUCUCUUGAGGUCCUGGUGGCUCUUCAAGCAGCCCUGACAGUUAUCGGCAAUGCUACAAUGUGUUUUGCUGCAUUUCGUAUUUACAGAUCAUCUGAAGAACGCUCCAAGAAUCUUUGA